CUAUAGUUUUUGUAUUUGUCUUUUUAACUUUUCACUCUCUUUCUUCAAUGGCUUCCUUUUCUCUCACCUUCUCUCCUUCCUUUCUUCCCAAACCCAAAGACCCUUCUUCCCAUGCCUUUCCUCACACUCACCACUUCGUUCUUCGAAUGCCUCACCAACCUCAACACCUUCAAACCCCUCUUCUUUUGCCAAAAAUCCAAUCUUCGCGUCAUCAAAUUACAGCUACACCAGUUACCAAAGACUUGUGGGAUAAUUCGAUUCUGAAAAGUGAAACUCCAGUCCUUGUUAUAUUCUAUGCAAAUUGGUGUGGACCAUGCAGGAUGGUUCACCGGAUAAUCGACGAGAUUGCAGCAGAGUAUGCUGGAAAACUCAAGUGCUUCAUAGUCAACACAGACACUGACAUGCAAAUUGCUGAAGACUAUGACAUUAAGGCUGUACCAGUGGUUUUAAUGUUCAAAAAUGGUCAGAAAUGCGAUUCUGUAAUAGGUACCAUGCCAAAGGAGUUUUAUGUGGCUGCUAUUGAGAGGGUGCUCAAGUCCUAAUCAUGGAUCUUCGGGAGCAAAACUUUAAGUUGGUGAACUUUUUGUUCAUUUUCAAUUAAAUUUUCUUGUAGUUUUUGGGACUAUGCAGAAUUGCCAGAGUUCUUGUACAUAUUGUGUGGUUUGUUUUCCCAUAACAGGUGCUGCCGUCUGAGACUGCUUUAAUAAUGAAUGUGUCUACAAUUUUAUUUGAUAGGUGUUGUUGAGUUAGAGAGAAUAUAUUAGUUAAACCAUAUGUUUGACUAUGCAAUGUAAAAGGAGUGUGAUUAUGUGAUGGAAUCUGAUGCAUUCAUUGUCAUUGGUGAUCUCAGAUUCCCAUCGCUUAAUGAAUAAUAUUAGCGACUGCUUUUUGUUCUGUGGGAA